CUCCCCGAGCAACUGCAGACAGGUGGGCAGACAAGCAGCAAGAGCGGCCCAAAGCGAAUCCUUCCCACCAGUUUCUGGAGCGGCGGGAGCGUAAGGGCACGGAGGCACACGCGGUGCGGGGGCGACCGCAACAGGACGUCGCCUCAGCUCAGCCUACAGCUCCACGCCCGGGAGCGAGCGGCACACGAGGGGCAAGUCGCCGCUGCUGGCCAGUCCAGAUCAAAGGCAGAGAAAGUGUGGGAGCCGGGCAGGAAGAAGGGCCACAAAGCCAACGUGUCCUAAAGGUGGAUGCUGCACUGCCCGCAGGCGGGACUCACCUACAAGCCCCAUUGGUUUGAGAAUGGAACGUUACGCAAAGAAGGGGCAAAUUUGCCUCACAUGCGUUUGCGCGAUACUACCCAUCACCUCGGCCACAGGAUGCACAAUUUGUAUAUCUAUUCCAAAAAUUCAUCGGUAUUGCUGCUCAACGAAAUGAUCAGUUCCAACACGGCAUGAUCAGCUCCAGAUGUCGCGCAACACAUUCUGAACGCCUGUCGUGGUGGGGGAAAAACACAAGUCGAAGCCCGUGGCACCCCAACGGAAUCACAAAAUGCUCUGGCAUCGCCUGUUCUAGACGAGCCAACAACUCAGCAGGAGCUUGCGAAUUCGCGUCGGAAGACAUGAGAAGCACUGGAGAAAUGAGGCCACUAAGCAACUCGCAUCUGCAUCCAAGACCGCACACACGUAAACUCGAAUUGCAGGCGAAGAGGGGAUGUGGGAGGACGACGAGAAAAGGCGGGAAAAGGGCCGCGUUCAACCUCUAAACGCCCGCGCGGCAUCGCCGCUGGUCGACACGACGCGAACCUACCGUGCCCGUCGGUCGACUCCUGCCUCGGACCCGGCGCCGCCCGAUCCGGGAAAAGAGGCGGCGCGCUCGGCCCCCGCGGCGUGCCUGGCCGGGCAGCGCGCGUGCUCCCUGGCCGGCAGCGGCAGCGCCGCCGCAGCAGUGCGGAAGCGGCGGAACCCAUCCGGCCCACGCGGCGCGGGGAGGCCCAGAGGUGCACCGCACCUCCCGGCACUCCCCGCGGCGCCUGGGCGAGAGAGCCUCGGCCCGUGGCGGCUCUGGCGCUCCCUCGGCGGCUCCACCCCGAGGUGCCGAAGCGCCGUGCCUGCCACGCCAGGGUGGUCCUUGGACCUCUGACAGCAGGACGGGAGCCGGGGGUGCCCGGUCCAGCGUUUCGCCCGAGACGUCCCCGCGCGAUGGGCUCGAAUUGGCAGGUGUCACACCGCCCGUCGCUCCCCCCGACCGGAGUGUCCAAGCAGUGUGCGAGUUGCACCGCGG